AUAAGUGAAGUGGAUGUUGUCUGUAAUGGGUAGAAAUGCCUGUGACUUUGUUCCGUUUUGUUUGUUUGCUUUGACAGUUUGCGCUUUCACCGAACCAAACGUAAUCCAACCAACCCCUGUGAUGGUUACUGAGCUGGGAGGCACUGUGACUCUCACUUGCCUUUGUCCUAAUGUGUCGGUGACCAGAUUUAAUUGGUUCAAGCAGAGUUUUGGACAGAAACCACUCCACAUGACGUCAUCUCUUUAUGUUGGCAAAGACAGUUAUCAUUCGAACAACUUUAUCAAGGACUUUACCGAGACAAAACAUUUGGGUGUGAGGAGAGGAGACUACAGCUGUAACUUGACCAUAUCAAAGACAGAGCCAGGGGACUCAGCUACAUACUAUUGUUCCACUACAGCCAUCUAUGAGCAAACAUUUGGAGAGGGAACUGUUUUAAUUGUCAAAAACUCAGAGUCCAACAGCAUGUCUGUGCUCCAGCAGCCUGUGUCUGAGUCAGUCCAUCCAGGAGACUCUGUGACUCUGAACUGUACAAUACACACUGAGACCUGUGUAGGAAAACACAGUGUCUAUUGGUUCAGACGUGGCUCAGGAGAAUCUCGUCCAGGAAUCAUUUACACCCAUGGAGGCAAGAGUGACCAGCAUGAGAAGAGCCCUGAGGCUGGGUCUCCUACACAGAGCUGUGUCUACAACCUCCCCAAGAGGAACUUCAGCCUCUCUGAUGCUGGGACUUACUACUGUGCUGUGGCCUCAUGUGGGGAGAUACUSUUUGGGAACGGGACCAAGCUGGACAUUGAGGACCAUAGAGCAGAUCCUCUUCUCUUGGUGUCCUGCCUGGGUGUAGUAUUGGGUGUCACGUUCACCUUGAUCAUUGUCCUGGUUUGCAUCAUGUACAAGAUGAACAACACAACAUGUGUGCAGUGCAGAGGACUUGUCUCACAGUCCAGAGGUCCUGCAGUUACCAGGUCAGACGCAGGGGACCAAGAUGGAGACAGUCUCCAUUACGUAGCUCUGAAUCUGAGCAACAAGAAGAACAGGUCUAGAAGACAGAGAGGUCACAUGGAGACAGUUGAGUACGCUGGGAUCAGACAGUAGAACUGGAUGAAUGAACCAAAGAUCAUUUUAUACUAGAUAACUCUUUAAUAACUAGUUCUAGCUUCAUUAACUAUCUAUGAACGCAUAAGCAGUCAAAUGUGAUGAAAACAGUGGUCAUAGCUUUAUUGUUAUACAAUGUUGGAAUAAUUGAAUGCAAUGCUAUUUUUUUAUUUGAAUAAUAAUAAUAAUAAUAAUAAUUUGGGGUGGUGCUUAUAUUUGUCUUAGUACACAACUGUGUAAUGAAAAUGUUUUUUGUUGUUGUUGUUGCUAAUCCCAACUCCCCUGAGACUCCCUCAGGGAGUGGGUUCACAGCCAGGGUCACCAUUGUACAGCACCCCUGGAGCAAUUAGGGUUAAGUGCCUUGCUCAAGGGCACAGCGACAGAUUGUUAUUAUUUGUAUUUAUUUGUGUGCCCAUUUUAGCAACAGUAAACCAGUUACUUGUGUAAAGAAAAAUAAAGUGUUUCCAACUGUUUGAAUCUGAAUAAAUUGAACCCAUCGCAUA